AUGCUCUCGACUUAUAUGGACUCAAUAGARAAAAAUUUAAACAGACUAACUAAUAAUUUAGAAACUACUAACGGAAAAAACGUAGAUUUCAUGCAUUACGUACACUUGUGUACAUUAGACAUAGUAUAUGAUAGCCUAUUGGAAAGUGAUUCAAAUUUGCAGAGCAAUCCGGAUUUUAAACUUAAUGAAUAUAUUUCGGAAUGGUUGGACAUAAUUAUACAAAGAGUAUUCAAAUUCUGGUUACAUCCAAGUAUUAUAUUUAACAAUUYAUCUAUGGGAAAACGGCUACAUGAGAUUAAUUUCCACUUUAAUAAAAUUGCGAACGAGAUUAUAAGGAAAAAGAAGGAGUCAAUGAAAGAAGAUAAUUUUACCCGAGAAGGAAAUGGUCUACAUGGAAGAAAAGAUACCAGUCCAAUCUUAAAGGCUAUAUUUAAGUCAUUUUACGAGACAGGAGAAUAUUCGGAUACAGAUAUUCGUGAAGAAAUAAGUACUAUGGCUUAUACAGGAGGUGAUACUGCCGCUAAUGCACUUACAUUUUUAUUUUUAAUGCUUGCUACGUUUCCAGACAUUCAAAAAAAAGUAUACGAAGAGUUGUACCAUAUGUACGGCUCUAGCGAUCCUGUGUAUGUUCCUUUUACAAUGGAAGAUGCUAAGAAUAUGAAAUAUCUGGAACGAGUCAUCAAGGAAACGUUACGUCUUUUUCCUUCUGCUCCUUAUUUUGGGCGAACACUAUGUGGCGAUAUAAAAGGUCAAAGAUUUGCAAUGAUCGAAAUGAAGGCAAUAGCUGCGGCUAUAUUAAGGAAAUGUAUUGUUCAAAUAGACAUACCGGUAUCAGUUGAAAAUGUUAACUUAAAAUUCAACGGUACUUUGUCACCAGGUGAAACUAUAUUCUUGAGAUUUAACAAAAGGAUAACGGUAUUCGUAUUCCUAAUUAUAAAAGAUGCAAUUUCACAAAUAAACUGA